CGGGAAGCGGGGCCCGCGGGCAGGCGGCGGCGGCGGGGCAGGGCUCGUGGGGUCGGGAAUGGGAGUGCUCCCGCCGCGGGGCUCGGGAGGCCUCCCCGGCGCGGGGAAACUCAUCCCCGCUCGUAAAAACCUUGGCUGGAAGCGUGACUGGAUGUGUGGCGUCUCGGGGCUCUCCCCUUGCAGCGCUCUGGUCUUAAGACAUUGCAGCCAUGACUAAGAGAGAGGCAGAGGAGCUGAUAGAAAUUGAGAUUGAUGGAACUGAGAAACAGGAAUGCACUGAAGAAAGCAUUGUCGAGCAAAGCUACACCACCGCAGAAUUUGUUAGUCAGGCUAUUGACAUCAGUGAACCCAUUGGAAACCUUAAGAAGUUGCUGGAACCCAGACUGCAGUGUUCCUUGGAUGCACACGAGAUUUGUCUGCAAGAUAUCCAGCUGGACCCAGAUCGAAGCCUUUUUGAUCAAGGAGUGAAAACAGAUGGAACAGUGCAACUCAGUGUACAAGUAAUAUCUAGGCAAGGGAUGGAGCCCAAGUUGAACAUCCUGGAAAUCGUGAAGCCUGUAGAGACCGUGGAGGUUGUGAUUGAUCCGGAUGCUCAUCAUGCAGAGGCUGAAGCUCACCUUGUUGAGGAGGCUCAAGUGAUAACCUUGGAUGGAACAAAACAUAUUGCAACAAUUUCAGAUGAAACGUCUGAGCAGGUGACGCGAUGGGCUGCAGCACUGGAAGGCUACCGGAAGGAGCAGGAGCGCCUUGGGAUACCUUACGACCCAGUUCAGUGGUCGACAGACCAGGUGCUCCACUGGGUGGUGUGGGUGAUGAAGGAGUUCAGCAUGACUGACAUCGACCUCAAUGCACUCAGCAUUCCUGGGCGGGACCUCUGCAACCUCAGCCAAGAAGAUUUCUUCCAGCGUGUCCCACGGGGAGAAAUCCUCUGGAGCCACCUGGAACUUCUUCGAAAGUAUGUGUUGGCUAGCCAAGAACACUCUGGAGAAAUAGCAACUGUUACAAUUGAUCAGCCUGUGCAGAUUAUACCAGCAUCUGUACAGCCUGCUACCCCAACCACCAUCAAAGUGAUAAACAGCAGUGCAAAAGCAGCUAAAGUACAGAGAGCUCCAAGGAUCUCCGGGGAAGAUAGGAGUUCUCCUGGGAACAGAACAGGGAACAACGGCCAGAUCCAGCUGUGGCAGUUUUUGUUAGAACUUCUCACAGACAAAGAUGCUCGGGACUGUAUUUCUUGGGUUGGUGAUGAAGGAGAGUUUAAAUUGAAUCAACCUGAGCUGGUUGCACAGAAAUGGGGACAGCGCAAGAACAAGCCCACAAUGAACUACGAGAAGCUUAGUCGGGCUUUGAGGUAUUACUAUGAUGGAGACAUGAUCUGCAAGGUGCAAGGCAAGAGGUUUGUGUACAAAUUUGUGUGUGACCUGAAGACUCUGAUUGGGUACAGCGCGGCAGAGCUGAACCGCUUGGUCACAGAGUGCGAGCAGAAGAAGCUGGCCAAGAUGCAGCUCCAUGGCAUUGCACAGCCAGUUACAGCAGUGGCACUGGCUACAGCAUCCCUGCAAGCAGAGAAAGAUAAUUGAGCACUGGGACCUGUAAGUGGGAACCUGAGGCCUUUCCUCUAUAACCAGAGCAGUUGGAUCAAGCUCUUACCUUGAUCAGAAUUGGAAACGUCUUUUGUUUCUUGAUUGUACAAUAUAGAGCAUGAAUUUCUAUAAAGAACUCAGACGUGCAUAAAUUUGGAUCUUUUAACAGCAUAUAUUUUAAUGUAAGUUAAGGGAUCACCCCAACUUCUGCAGCUAGUGAGAGGUGGAGCCCGUGACCACAGCUGUGCAAAGUAAUUUCUGCAACACUUUUAACAAAAAUUAAGUCCCUGUAGUCCCCAGGCUGAUCAGUUCUGUGAAUGCAGCCUUUUCCAGUCUUUUGUUCUCUGCUGAACUACCAAAUGGCAUUUGAUGCUUUCAAAGUUUACAAUAUAUUCGUUAUUCUGUUAAUCAAGUGGAGCUGAAAGACAUGUUAAAUGUUACAAAGCAUCAAGUUCUUAAAAUAGUUUCUGUGUUUAAAAGCAAAGGAAACUUAAGUUGAGACUUAACUGGAGAUCAGUGCUGAAAAAGAAGAUCCAGGUUUAGAUAUGGCUUAGGUGAAAAGCCAAUUAUGAGUAUUUCAUUGUAGCAUGCACAUAAUAUAUGAGGGCAAAUACCUGUUUUGGAAUACAUACUUGAUAUUGGCCAUUUCUCAGAAAGCAAAGGUGAACUUCUUCCCCUCAUGCCAUUCCCCAUCAGGUAAUUCAAAAACUUGAAAAAACAGCCCUCACCCAAAGAGUAGAUUGUUUUGGUGGGGAGUAUUAAUGCUGUGUUCUGCAAGGUGCUUAUACCUGCAUGGUAGUCAACCUUAGUAUCCAAAGACUUAAGUUAAUCACAGUCAGUAGUCCCUGGUUAGGAACAGAAAGCAAAUUGAAAAUAGUUUUACAGAGAACUGUGGUUUAAUUUCCCAAUCAUUGUACAGUCUAACGUAUAUUAACUACAAAGAGGUACUUUUUAUUUAAAAUUAAAUUCUCUUUGAACUUCAAGUGAUAUUUUUAAAGCUACUUAAGCCAAAUGCAUGCUCCAGAGCUGGGUGCAAUUUGAAGUCUGGAUGAUGAGUCAGAAAUAGUUGGGACAUAUCCUGAAUUCUGAGCUACUUGGUGCUUCUUGCAAACUUACACAUGCAGUAAAAAGUUGGCUUCAGCUUUUGAGUUUCCACACUGACAGCUGUUAGACUGCUUCUUUUGAUGUCUGAGAACGGUAUGAAUUGGGGGUUGCUUUUGCCUCUUCCUGCUAAUAAACAGCAUAAUUACUAUGUCAGCAUUGAUGUUCACCAACUUUUUAUAAAUUAAACCCCCUCUGGUUACACUUAAUAAUUACAAUGGAAGACCUUUAACUCUGUUAGGGAUCGAGCUAUUCUUAAACCUUAAAUCUGAAGUCCUUGAACAAUGAGAUUCUGAACAAAGUGUGUUUGUGCUGAGCAGUGAGAGCACUGGCUUGCUGCUCUUGAGCCAAGCAGAAAUGGUUACACUUGCAGGCAGAAGGCAGAGAAUACAAAAACUUGUUUGUAUCCUAAAGAUGUGUUGAAGACAAGGGUUUUUUGUAGGUGGAUGCUCAUCUGCAGAUAGUUUUUGCUUGACUAGAAGGUUUGCAUAUAGUUCUAACUUGUGUUUUUUUCAUCGACAUGAUUGUAAAAUCAAAGGUUUUUUGCUGGAUUCUUUCGGUAGCUCUUACUUUUGUUUUCAUCCUUGAGUUCUUACAGCACUCCAUCUGCUGAGCAUGCUGAUAUCAUUUUGCUUUUUAAAAAAAUUGUAAGCCCUGAGCAAAAAAUGUAAAUGUAUCUGUCAUGAAAGGUCAACAUCACCCCUUUUCUUGCUGUUAGAGUUGAUGUCAAGUGUUGGAGGUGUCUUGUGCAGGAGAUGCAGGUUUGCUUUACCAAGAAUUAUGUGAAGCUGAUGUUUGAGGGCAGCAGCUCUGCUUGUAACAACAUUCCGUGACUAAACACAAGUCCAGUACAAGUCACUAGUUCUAGUUAGCAGAGUUCUUGAGAAGCCUUUUUAGUUAAAAUACAGGAUAAAAAGGAAAGAAGCUUAAAAUACCAGCUUUCUGUAUCAAACUGGACUGUGGGUAAACACACAGCAAAAUUGAAAAGUAGUGUCAAUACUUCAUCCCCCUGCCUCUUCUUGUUACAUGGUAAGUCCAGUGGGGGAAACUUCUGCUCCCAUCCUUUGUGAUUACAUCCUGUUGUUGCUCUGCAGCCUUUCAGUAGGAGUAAUGGUCCCUGGGGUUCUUUGUUGUGGCUCCAUCUGCUUUUCCACCAUGUUCCAAUUCGUAAAGAAAGAACCUUUCAAGUGGUAUAAAAUUAUUAUCACACUGUCUGUAGUUGAGGGAGAAAUCUGUGACUAACUUGAUGUCUUCAGUAAAACAAAAGAUGUAGAAUAUAUUGUCAAAGGAUUUUCUGUUGCUGCCAGAAGGAAAACAUAGAAUAUUCCCAAUUUUUGUAAAACAGAAAGGGUUUUGCAUACUUUUUACUCUUUAAAUAAAGACACUUAUACUCUGCUAAUUAUUACAAAUUUCUUUUGUGUUUUGCUUUUCUUUUUUUGUAAUUUUCCAUGAAACAAUUAUUUUCUAUUUUUACUCAGAUAAAGUAUUUGUGGAUAAAAUGUCAAUAUAGUAAAAUAAAAAUGUUAUACAGCUAA